UCACUGGAGCAACAUGUCAGAAAGAAAGAAGAAGAGACUGAAAUGGUGGCAAAAGCACAUGGAAGAAACAAAAACACGAGAACACAGAGAGGAUGUGAUUAUCACAUCAAAACAAAGAAAAGGGCAGCGAUGCUUAACAAAAUCACAAACAAAGAAAACAAAAGAUUCCGUCAGUCAGGCAGCAGUAGGUGCACCAACUUCAGAUGCUGAUUCAGAUGGACAUCCAACCGAUCAAGUUGAUGAAGGAAAGACACCUGUUAGAAAGAGCCGCUACACCCUAUUUGUAGGAAACUUGCCUUAUGAUGUAACAGCAGCGAGUCUAGAAAGUCAUUUUAACAAAGGUGGAAUAAGUGGCGUGAGAUUGUUGACUAAAAGAGACUCUGGCAUGUCCCGUGGUUGUGCCUUCAUCGAUUUUACUAACCCUACAUCAUAUAUGGCUGCAUUGCAAUUGCAUCACUCAUUGCUCGGUGAUAGGAAAAUCAAUGUAGAAGCGACAUGUGGUGGCGGUGGUCAGAGUAAACAAAGGAAAAAGAGGCUGGAGUUUCGAAGAAAGAAAUGGAGGCAAAAAAUUAAACAGCAUAUUGAGCAGAAGAAAACGGGUAAUAAACAAUUAGAUUCGUGAGGAUACGCACACUUUGUAGGGAGUGACCAAACUCACACUGCAUGUAAUGGUAUAGUAGGACUUGCUAGUCGUUGUGGAAAUUAAUUAUUAUUUAAUUAUAUAAUGAUAUAAA